UAUAUAGCCGCGUGGUCGCAGAAGCCAAAACCCUAACCCUAGCUUUAUUCACCUUUCACACCUUAUUCUCUAUCCUUCUCGGAUAUCUGGUUUCUCGGAGACAUGGUGAAUUUUAAGGGUGCUUCGUCAGAAAACGAUUUGAAGACAUCGGAGAAAAACACAGGAGAUGGAGCGAGUCCCGGAAAGAUUUUUAUCGGAGGACUACAUAAAGAUACGAGUCUCGCGACAUUCACCAAAUAUUUUGGAAAAUAUGGAGAUAUAACUGAUUCAGUUAUAAUGAAAGAUCGAUACACGGGGCAGCCAAGGGGUUUUGGGUUUAUUACAUAUGCUGAGCCGUCGGUGGUUGACAAGGUUAUCGAAGAAACCCAUGUCAUUAACGGAAAACAAGUGGAGAUAAAACGAACCAUCCCAAAAGGCUCUGUGCAUUCUAAGGAUUUUAAAACAAAGAAAAUAUUUGUUGGUGGGGUGCCAACAACUGUUACUGAUGAUGAAUUCAAAAAUUUCUUUUCCAAGUAUGGGAAGGUGGUGGACCACCAGAUAAUUCGUGAUCAUGCAACCAAUCGUUCUCGUGGAUUUGGAUUUAUUAUAUUUGACAGCGAACAAGUUGUAGAUGAUAUGCUUGAGAAGGGUAAUAUGAUUGAUCUGGCGGGUAACCAGGUGGAGAUCAAGAAGGCUGAACCAAAGAAAGCCUCAAACCCACCACCACUUCCUGCAUUCGGUAGUGAUUCUAGGGCUCGUUCCAUUGGUGACCCUCUCAGUGGAUUUGGCGACACAUAUAGUGGUUUUGGUGCUGCUUCCUAUAGGACACCUGGAGGUCUUGAUGGUAGACUUGGUGGUUAUGGGGGGUAUGCUGGUGGAGGCGGAGAUUUUGGCGGUGGUUAUGGGGGGUUGGGCAGCAGUGGCCUAGGUGGGUACAGAGGAGAGUCCUCCCUUGGUUAUUCUAGUCGCCUGGGAUCAUAUGGUGGGGGAUUUGGAGGUGGUUAUGGUGGAAGUGGCCUAGGUGGCUAUGGCCGAGGAGGUGAUGGCUAUGGAGGCUAUGGAGGCUAUGGAGGCUAUGGUGGGUCAAGCUAUGGUGGUGGUUAUGAUUCUGGCCCUGGUGCCAGUUAUGGUGGGGCAGGUGGAUUAUAUGGAAGUAGAGCAGGUUAUAGUGGCAGUAGUCGGUACCAUCCUUAUGCCAGGUAGAAAAGGUGCGUCAAUUGCAGUUGUGUAAGCUUCCUUCUAGCAGUUCUACAUGGGUGCCUCUAGUUUUUGGUGUAAUACAUCUUGCGGCAGGAUAGAUAUUGGCUUGCAGGUGCUAGACUCUUUAUACCAGAGGAAACAUUCUAGAAGAUCAUGGAGAUUGUUGCUAGUUCUUUUUGUUUCUUGGUUAUCUGUAUGGCCUAGAUAUACUUUUAGACCAUUGUUAGUGCUUGUGUAGGUGCAUGUCACCGAUAGACAUUAGGUUGAUUUUCAAUUUAGUUUGUUGUAGAUUUUAGCAUCUUUAAUAUAGAGUUUGCUGCAUUUGAAUUUAGUUUGAUAUUAAGAUAGACAUCUCUUCUUUAAGAAAUAGUUUGCUGCUAAA